AUGGCAAGCUACGGCAAGCCUCAGCGGCGACACCGCCGGCCUGCAGCGCGCUGUCAGGAACAACGGCCCGUCGAGCCCGUGUCUGUCUGGCUGUCGCUCGGUAUGCUGGAAGGCGACGAUGAAACACCCGCGGCUUGGAAAACGGUUGUCCAGGAGGGUAGGACGGACUAUGCUGAUCGUAGGGCGCAUCUGCUGCGCUUCAUUGAGCACCCCGAGGCACUGGCCGAACUCAGCAUCGAUCCCUUGGCUGAUGAUCCCGAUUCGCCUUGGAAUACUGUGCGCCAAGACGAGAUAAUCCGGUCAGAGAUCCGUCAAGAUGUCCAGCGUCUUCCCGACGACGCCGACUAUCACCAUGAUAGGAUGCAGUCCAUGAUUCUAGACAUCCUCUUUGUCUACUGCAAAGUCAAUCCAGAUCGGGGUGGCUACCGUCAGGGAAUGCACGAGUUGCUGGCGCCAAUUGUUCACGUCGUUCAACAGGAUGCCGUCAGUCGAUCUGCCAUCACCCCAGAGACUUCCGAUGAGGAAAUGCUUGACCUUCUCGACGCCGCCUUUGUGGAGCAUGACGCAUACACUCUGUUUUCGCGCCUCAUGGAGAGCGCGCAGGCGUUCUACGAGGUCAAGGAUGCACCAGAUUCUGCAACGGGCGCAUCGAAGAAUGGUUACGUGGAGCAGCGAUCUGCCAUUGUCGAACGGAGCAAACACAUCCACGAGGUUUGCCUGCAAAAGGUUGAUCAAGAGCUUGCCAAUCAUCUGCAAAACAUAGAAAUCCUUCCUCAAAUAUUUCUUAUCCGAUGGAUUCGACUGCUCUUCAGCAGAGAGUUUCCCUUUGACCAGUUCCUCGUUUUGUGGGACACCCUGUUCGCCAUAGAUCCAUCCCUCGACCUGAUAGAUCUCAUCUGCUGUGCUAUGCUCGUCCGAAUUCGAUGGCAAUUAUUGGAGGCCGAUUAUUCAGUUUGCCUUCAGCUUCUGUUAAAGUACCCCCCACCCGAACAGCCGCAUGGGCCACACACGUUUGUGGACGAUGCUGUGUAUCUUCGCAAACACAUGACAGCGGCGGGAGGAGCUGUUUUGAUACAAAAAUACACGGGACGAGUGCCAGAUCUCUCUGAGAAAUCACUGCGGCCACCGAUGAGCACAGCCAAUUCUCAGAGGCCGGGCUUCGCUGGCCAGAGAAGGCCCAGUUCAAGACCCUCACUGCCGUCGCCGUCCAGAUUCAUUCAACAACAGGGAGGGGUUGAGUCCCUGUUUCAAGGUGCCGCAAAAGGCGCCAAAGGGGUGCUGGAGCGAGGCGAGAAGCUCGGUAUCAACCAGGCCGUCAGAGAUGCAAUGGUAGAAAUUCGGCGCAACGUGCAGAGUUUUAACGAGUCACGGCAAGUCCAACGCACGCCACGGCAGGUUCUUAGCGAGCAUGGCGCCGCCAAGGCCCUUGCUGCCAUGGAGGGGAGGAACAAACAGCUGGCAAACCUUCUGAACGAGGCUGUGACUGAUCUCAAGGCUAUGUCACUGUCGGGCGUGGAGGCCAAAGACAAGAGCCAAGAGCUGCUCGAGGUCGUGGCUGCUAAGAUUCAGUUCGUUCAGGUAUACCUAGAAGAUCCAUCCAUGGAGGUUCCUAGCUUCAACGCCGGGACAGCCAAGGAACCGGAAGCACAGGACGAUGCUGCGCAACCAAAGACUACUGGACCUGCCCUGCAGACGUCAGAGUCCGAGAUUGAUGCCGAGCCAGGGAGCACCGAGUCCACGCCAGGACCACAGAAGGCUCACGAUGCGACAGACUCAAACGCGGCGCAGGGCAGCACGACGCAGCUGCCGGAGGACGAAGCUUCGGAAUCUUCUGUUCCAGAAGGAUCUCUUGCUGCCAAGCCAGAGCCUAUCAGCAAAGUAGCAGCACUUACACGACCGGCAGCUAUUCCGACACGCUCGACGCUUGCUCAGUCGUCCUUUUCAUGGAUGUUGGAACCAGAUGAGUCUGUGCCAGCUCGGGCCAUCCCAGCAGCAGGCAGAUCUCCGCAACUUCAGCACAAGAAAAGGUCGUCCAACAAUGCCAGCCGCGAGCGCAAUGCGUUCUUGUUUGGCGAAGGCAAUACAGAGUCCGAAAGCAAUGGUUCACGAAAGCCGGAUAAUAUAUUCGGCUUGGAGCCGCUGGAGAGGCCUCAAGGACAUUCAUAA